CUCCAAGACGGAUUUACCCCGGAUCAGUUUGCCGCGAUCAUCGCCGAUAGAAAGGUCAUCGGGGAUCCUCGUGUCAAGACUCAGCACCUGCUAGGGGGAGGCAGUUGGAGUAGCCCCGGUGACGGGACGGUGCAGGUGUGGCGGCAGCGUCGUGUUGCACACCAACGCUAUGAGGCCGAGGAUAUGGCUGUGGUGGUUAACAAGGGACAUGGGCAUGGAGCUAAUCAGCAUACCUACCGGAAGAUUGACGGCAUUUGGAAGAUUGUUGGUGUCAAUGCUAAGAAUGGCUGGGUUGAGGCGACCUGUGGGGUACCCUUCACGGCCCAGAGGGAG